AAUAUUCAAUCAAUUUGCGUUGACCAUUACGGUACUAAUGUUCAUAUUCUGGCCAAAAUUCCAUUAAAUCAUUUGUCAGAAUUUGCAUAAUUGAUAUUUGACUGAAAAUAAAAGAAAAUGUCUAAAGUGUAUUUUGUUGGUGUUGAUGUCGGUACAGGCAGUUGUCGUGCUGCUUUGAUUGAUUCAACAGGUCACGUACAUGAGGUGCAUGUCAGAGAGACAAAAACAUGGAAUCCUCUUCCCGAUCACUAUGAACAGUCAUCCGAAGACAUUUGGAGUGGAAUUUGCGAAUGUGUUCAGAUUGUUACUCGCAAUUAUCCAAAAGAAAAAGUGUCUGGAAUUGGUUUUGAUGCCACUUGUUCGUUGGUUGCGCUUGAUAAAAAUGAUAAACCAUUGUCCGUAAGUACAACGGGUGAUAAUAAUCAAAAUAUCAUUUUAUGGAUGGAUCAUCGUGCUGAAAAAGAGGCCGACCAAAUAAAUGCCACCAAACAUGAGCUCUUGAAAUGUGUGGGCGGCAAAGUGUCAUUGGAAAUGGAAAUACCGAAAGUGAUGUGGUUGAAAAGCAAUUUAAAUGAGAAAUGUUGGUCAAAAUUGGGAAAACUAUUUGAUUUGCCCGAUUUUCUCACAUGGAAAUGUACGGGAGAUGAUACACGAUCAUUGUGCUCAAUUGUUUGCAAAUGGAAUUAUGAUGGAUUCAAUCAGACGUGGUCACGAGAUUUUUUCAAAACACUCGGAAUCGAAGAGUUGUGUGCAAAUGAUUUUGCAAUUUUGGGCAGAAAUGUUACAACGCCCGGUGCAACAAUCGGUAAUGGAUUGAAUGAAGCUGCUGCUCGUGAUUUGGGAUUGAAUGUGGGUACACCGGUGGCCGGCAGCAUGAUUGAUGCACAUGCGGGUGCUUUAUGCUUGUUGGGAUGUCAUGCAGAUGGUAUUGAUGAAGCAAUCUCAUCAAAAAUGGCAUUAAUAUGUGGUACAUCAUCUUGUCACAUGUCUGUACAGAAAGAGCUCAUUUGGCCUAGUGGCAUUUGGGGCCCAUACAUAGACGCAAUUUUUCCUGGAUUUUAUUUACAUGAAGGUGGCCAAAGUGCAACCGGCAUUCUAUUGGACUAUAUUGUUAAAAGUCAUCCAUCCUAUAAAGAUGCAAUGGAAAAUGCUGGAACAUUACAUGUCUUCGAAUAUCUCAAUCAACAAUUGGUCCGGAUGGCUGAAGCACAGAAAUUGAGCAGUGUUCAUUAUCUAACAAAAGAUUUUCAUGUUUGGCCCGAUUUUCAUGGGAAUCGGUCACCAUUGGGCGAUCCAACGAUUAAAGGAAUGAUUUGCGGCCUAACAAUAUCAUCGACCGUUGAUAAUUUGGCACUUACCUAUCUUGGAUUUGUUCAAGCACUCUCUUAUGGUACCCGUCACAUUUUGGAUCAAUUAAAAGAUAGCGGCCGCAAACCAUUUCAUUCGCUAUUAAUCUGUGGCGGAUUGCGCAAGAAUCAAUUGUUUGUGGAAACGCAUGCAGAAGCGUGUGUAAUGCCCGUAUUGAUACCGGAUGAAGGUGAAAUGGUCCUUGUUGGAUCGGCAAUGUUGGCAGCGUGUGCGGCUAAAGUGUUCCCAUCGCUUGAGGUUGCCUCAAAAGAAAUGGCCAGUCGAUGUGAGGUGGUUUGGCCAAAUCCAGCACUUCGUGAUUAUCACGAACGAAAAUACAAAAUUUUCCGACAAAUGAUUACGGAUCAAAUGAAAUACAAAGAAAUCAUGCUCUUAUAAUUAUGAAAUAUUCCCUUUUCGGAAUAUCUACUAUAUUGAAUCGGUAUAUGUGUUUUAUUUUUAAUUAGUAAUGUCAAAUAAAAAUGAUUGAAAUCAAUUUAAAUAUUA